CAGACGGACGCGCCCUUUCGUUCCUCCGAUUGCAGUUGUUUCGAAAAAGCGCGAAAACUGAAAAUUCUCAAAAACAAAAAAUAGAGAAAACGCCUCCUACCUUGCAAGCAAGGUAUAACAAUUUUUUUCGAGUGUGCAGUGUGAAAAGAGCCGGGUCAAAAAAAUAGCAAAACGAGAAAACAGAAGACGGAAAUGAAGCCAGCAAGUUGUGUGCAUAUCGGAGAAAGUAACGGAAAUUAAAAUUUGCAUAUAUGCAGAGGGCGGCGGGCGGCGGUGGGCGUUUAAGCGGUAUGCGGUAUGCGGUGAGCGGUGAGCGAUGAAGAUGGAAAUUAAGAUGAAAGCGAACCCGCAACUGACCGAAGCCAGACUCAAGUGCCAGAUCUAACUGCAGACUCGUGCGCAAUCCAACCCACCAGCCGAAACUCGAGCGAAAGAAACAGCAAAUAAAAGAAAGAAGGCACCAUUGCCUCCCAGGAGCAAUAGUCAGAGUCCAGAUCCGAAAGUCCAGGGCAGAAAGCAGAGAGAUGCCGUCGCCAGGACACACAUCAUUCUGCUGCUCCACGGCAGGAUUUAUCGCUUGCUCAGCAAUCGUUCUGCUCUGCAGUUCCGAGGUCCUGUCCAGUUGGGAAGAGUGGUGGACAUACGAUGGCAUAUCCGGACCUAGCUUCUGGGGCCUCAUCAAUCCGCAGUGGAAUAUGUGCAACAAGGGGCGCCGCCAAUCGCCCAUCGACGUGGUGCCCGACAAGCUGCUCUUCGAUCCCUACCUGCGACCCCUGCACAUCGACAAGCACAAGGUGUCCGGCACGCUGCACAACACGGGCCAGUCGCUGGUCUUCCGGGUGGACAAGGACACCAAGCAGCACGUGAACAUCUCCGGCGGACCUCUGGCCUACCGCUACCAGUUCGAGGAGAUAUACAUCCACUACGGCACGGAGAACGUCCGCGGAUCCGAGCACUUCAUCCAGGGCUACAGCUUUCCCGGCGAGAUCCAAAUCUACGGGUUCAACAAGGAGCUGUACCACAACAUGUCCGAGGCGCAACACAAGUCGCAGGGAAUCGUGGGCCUCUCGCUGAUGGUGCAAAUCGGCGAGACGCCCAAUCCGGAGCUGCGGAUCAUCACGAGCACCUUCAACAAGGUGUUGUACAGAGGCUUCUCCACGCCCAUCCGGCACAUAUCCGUGAGGUCGCUGCUGCCGAACACGGACCACUACAUCACCUACGAGGGCUCCACGACGCAUCCUGGCUGCUGGGAGAGCACCGUCUGGAUCAUAGUUAAUAAGCCCAUCUAUAUCACCAAACAGGAGUUGUACCAACUCCGACGACUGAUGCAAGGCUCCGAGAGUACACCAAAAGCUCCACUAGGUAAUAAUGCGCGGCCCGUGCAAAGUUUACACCAUAGAACCGUAAGAACGAACAUAGAUUUUAAGCGCAACAAGUAUCCAAAACUCUCUUCCAAAACAUUGACAGAAUCAAUAUGCGUGCCCCUCGAUGUACAAGGACAUGUACUAUCGGGCGAAUCGAUGGUCACCCGACACGGGACUUUUGAUACGUUGACAACUGGGCAGGGAGUGCUGCGAAAAGCAAUUAUUAUUAUUGCUAUUAUUAUUAUUAUUAUGCGUGGUAAAUAAUGUUACAGCAAUUACAACUAUAAUGACAACAACUGGUUACAAAAACAUCAACAACUGAGGCUGGCAACGAAGCAUUUUGCAUUUUUUAUGUCGCAUUCAAUUUUUAUAUUCAUGUUUACAACACGAACUCAGGAUUCGUUUGGCUUGCAAUUGCAAUAUUCCUACGGCAGCAGCAGCGCGGCAAUUUGUAUUAUUUAUUUCAUUAUUAUUAAUAAUACAACAACAGGACAAAUUUAGGUAACAAACGCAUGCAAAAAGCGGAAAAAGAAUGCUUAUAGAACGAGAAUAACAAUAGAGUAAAUUCCAUGCCAAACGCAAAUGCUAAAUUUAACAAACACACAGACACUAGCAAAAAGCAGCAAAUAGUAGCUUAAAAUUUGCGUAAAAUUGUUAUUGCAAAUAUAUUUUUGUGGAAGAGCAUGAGAACUUAAUUCAAUGAAAUUCAAUACCAUUCGGUUUUUUCUUGGAUUUCUGCAUAACACAAAAAAAGCACGAGUCCGCCGUAGUUUCUUGUUUGCCAGGCUUAAAUUUGUAAAUUUAAGCGUGUUAAUUAAAUAAACAAGGACUCCUGCUUUUCAAUCACCUAGUUUUCAAUAGAUAUUCAUAUCGGAAAGGAAAUCUGGUCGAUUAAAAAGCUUAGAUUUAUUCCGGACUCAUUUAAAUAUUUCCAAUUCAAUGCAUUCCAUAUAUUUAUAAUUAUUUGUGAUUUGCCUCCAAAACAAUUCAGCAAAUAAAGAGAAACAAUGUUAUAAGAACAGGAAAAAAAGCGACUACAAAGUGAAAUAUGAGAAUUUCCGUAAACUGGAUGGGUGGACAAUAACUAACAAACAAAACAAAACGAAACGAAACGAAAGAUAAAUGAAAAGAUGGAGAGGAAAUAUAAACAAAUGGCAACAGAAAUUAACAAAAAGUAAAUAUUCAUAUAAAUAUACACAAAAGUAAAGGUAUCUAUAUAUAAAAGCAUAUAUAUACACACAUAUAUAGACCACUCAAUCAGGGGGCAGCCACAGAUUUCUCUAGAGAUUUGGAAUCUUGUAAAAACAAAAUUAUUUUGCCAAAGGACAUUGGGCUAAAAAUCUUUCCAAAUGGAUUUCAAACCUUCGUACACCGUUUAAUACUCUAAGGACAUCUGUGGCACCCCUGUAUAUAUAUACACUAUACACACUAUAUGUAUGAAUGGAAAAGUGCAGUAACUAAAAUAAAACCAAAAACGAAAACCAAUGUCGGUACACUAUAUAGGAUGGCUAUGUAUAACUCCCACAACCGAAGAUACAUCCACACACACCCAAAGCAUCUAUACGCGUCUAUAUACUUGGCUUCGAAAUCGAUGAUCUCGCAGGACAUCCCAUCCUCAGUUAGCGGCCAUCUAUAUAUCUAUACAUCUAUAAACCUAGUCACCAGUCAUGGAGUAUACACCAGCUAAAGGAAUGGGCUACAAAACGUAAUCCAACUCUAAAUGGCAAGCAUUAGAAUUAACUAACUAACUAACUAAUUAAUUGAUUAACUAGCCGUGUUGCUAACAAAAACCCAAGAAAAUCAAAUUCGAAUUAAUGAGUAAACAAAAAACUAAAUAUAUAUAUAUAUAUAUAAACAACAUUUUUUUUUGAAGGAAAACAGUGUUGUAAAGUGCUGUAAAGACAAGUAUUGUGGCUAAUGUAGAACCUAAGUUACUGAAUAGCAUUUAGCAGUUAGCAACACCUGAGUUUGUAUUAUAUACACGAAUAUAUAGUAUACCUAAACAUAUAUCAGAUCCGUUCAAUUCCCACAUUCGCAGCUGUCGAGCGACACUUUGUGCAAUUAUUUCUUUGGGCCAAAAAGCAACCAACUAACUAAGGAACAUACUAACUAGCCGACCAGUUAGGCCCCCCCGAUUAUGUGUAGAGCAUUAACUAAUUGUAUAAAAGCUAAGGGGAUCGAAACGAAUUCCUCAACUCGGUAACACUUUGCUACGACUGUAAGUUACUAUUGUGUUGCCAUAUGAAAACAAAAUGAAAAUUAUAAGGAGCAGAAACUAUAUAUAUAUAUACACAUAUAUAUAUAUAUAAAUUAUACAAAUUCUAUAUAUAUGUAACUAUAAAUGCAAGAAUUACUAAGCAUAGUACAGGUUAGCGGCAAUGAAAAGAGAAUGUAUUGUUUCCCGAGAAAAACGAAAUUGGAGAAUGCAAAACUAAUAAAUGAAAAGCGAAG